CUGGUACUGAACUUCAAUGAUUCAGUUCAAAUCUACCUCUCCCACAUGAUCCUGUGUCUGGCUCUUCUUUUGCCUAUAUUCUUUGGAAUUAAGACUAAAGGAAAAACAUAUUUUAUAUUUUUUCAGUACUAAAUUUUAAAAAUUUGAAAUACUUAAAAAGAUUUUAAAGCAUUGCAUACUUUGCUUAAAUAAGGCAAAAUUGUUUUUAGUAUGGGAUUAAUGAAAGAUGCUGUAAGUUCAGUGAUAUGAUGAUUCCUCCUAGAAGAGACUGGGUGAUCAGCAUGAUAAAGGGAUUCCAGACAGAAGGGCAGGGCUGGACAAAGACAUAGCAAUGGGAAAACACAGCAAAGUAUCUGAGUCAAGGAUGAGGUGUGAAAGUAGGGAGCAAUGCGGUGUUUCCAGGUAAGAAUAGAAUGACCAGAGUUUAAUUUGACUCGUUCCAGGUAGGGUCACAGCAUACAGGAUGAAAUGCAGUAGGUACCAAUAACUGCAGCCAUGCUGGCACAGAGUACAUACAGUUUGACAGGAACUUAGAAACCAACAGAUAAAUGGGCAUAGGCCCUUGACAGUUAACUUUCAAAAGACAGGUGUAUAACUAGCCUUCCCCUGGCUUCAAAAACUAGUCACAAAAGAGGUGAAAUUAACAUUUACUGUACCAGCUUGACUUCCAGCUCCUACAAGCUGGCUUGCUAGAUCUCACCAAUACUCUUAAAUGUUCCCUAUUUCAGGAUAUCCCCAAAGAUGUGCACCGUAUUCAAUGAUAAAUCAUGGUGACCAUAGUUAACACCUGCAUCUUCCAUGAACAUAUAAUCAAGAUUCCACCGUGGCACUGCUGGCAGUGUUUAGUCCCUGACCUCCAGUCUACAACUGCUCAGCUCAGUCUCCACAGUACCAGCUGUAAUGAGGUGAUUUUGUUGGCACCUAAACUCUAGCUGAGGGUGUUAAUUUCAUUUGGAAUAAUUUCCUGACAGAAAUGAGCCCCAGGGGCUUGAGAGCAAUUAAAGAGAGCUGAACUGCUGGGUAUGCUGUAGACAGGAGGGUUAGAAAGGCAAGAGAGGGUGGGGAGGUGAGAAGCUAAGGGAAGGAUGUGGAGACUGGUGCUGUGUAGAAGUGCUCUGUGAGUCUUGUGGAGACACUGAAGGGAUUUCACAUCUCAGUUGUGUGGCAAUUGCACCAGAAGGAGUGCUGUGAGCUUCUCAGAAAUUCUUUUUUUAUAUUUAUUUAUUUUUGGCUGUGUUGGGUCUUCGGGCUUUCUUCAUUGUGGUGCACAGGCUCCUCGUUGUGGUGGCUUCUCAUUGCAGAGCACAGGCUCUGGGCACAUGGGUUUCAGUAGUUGCAGCACGCAGGCUCAAUAGUUGUGUGUCAUGGGCUCUAGAGCACAGGCUCCGUAGUUGUGGCACACGGGUUUAGUUGCUCCACGGCAUGUGGGAUCUUCCCGGACCAGGGCUCGAACCCGUGUCCCCUGCACUGGCAGGCGGAUUCUUAACCACUGCGCCACCAGCGAAGUCCUGUGAGCUUCUCAGAAAUUUUUAAAGGGGUUUUGGAAUUGCCCAGACCGUGGAAAUAGGAAUUACAGGCAAAUCUUACUCAGAACAAGGGGGAGGGAAGUUCCACCUAAUACCUGGCAACACAAAUUUCAACCUGCUCUGGUGGGUGGGCCAUGGUGGUGCCAGUGGUGGUAAUCUUCCCACAAAAAUCUGCAGAUAAAACUCUUCCCCCUUACAGAACCACAUUUUUCAUCGUCAUACAGUGCACUUUAACUCCUUGGAGCAAAGUUCGCUAUUCGUAAGGCCUUUAUAGUUACAAAACUGUGGCCCAUUCAGGUGGUUUUCCAAAAAAAUGGAACAGCCUGCCCCCCAAAAGGCCACUAGUUCUUGCAAAAUUGGAAUUUACUUGUACUUAACUGGGAACGAGAAACCUUUAAUAGCUUUCUAGGAAGUGAAAUGGAAGGGUUGGGGGCAAACUGUUGAGGGAGAUUUAAUUUCUUCUUUACAUCCUUAUGAGCAGUCUGGGUUUUUAGCAUGAACUUGAAUUACUAUUACCGUUUUAUUAAAAAGGAGAUGUAGGGCUGACCGUGGUGGAUGUUUUGAGGGCAGCCGAGCUGCCUCUUGUGGAAGCUUGAACUGGCUGUGUAGCUUUCUCCCUUUGUCUCAUAACCAUGUCCACCAAUGAGAAUGCUAAUUCACCAGCCGCCCGCCUUAACAGAUUCAAGAACAAGGGGAAAGACAGCACAGAAAUGAGGCAGCGCCGAAUAGAAGUUAAUGUGGGGCUCAGGAAAGCUAAGAAGGGUGAUCAGAUGCUGAAAAGGAGAAAUGUCAGCUCUUUUCCAGAUGCUGCUGCUUCUCCACUGCAGGAAAACCACAACAACCAGGGCACUGUAAAUUGGUCUGUUGAUGACACUGUCAAAGGCAUAAGUAGCAACAACUUGGAAAGCCAGCUCCAAGCUACUCAAGCUGCUAGGAAACUGCUUUCUAGGGAAAAACAGCCCCCCAUAGACAACAUAAUCCGGGCGGGUUUGAUUCCAAAAUUUGUGUCCUGCUUGGGCAGAACUGACUGUAGUCCCAUUCAGUUUGAAUCUUCUUGGGCCCUCACUAACAUUGCUUCCGGGACAUCAGAACAGACCAAGGCUGUAAUAGAGGUAGAUGGAGGUGCUAUCCCAGCAUUCAUUUCUCUGUUGGCAUCUCCCCACGCUCACAUCAGUGAACAAGCUCUAUGGGCUCUAGGAAACAUUGUAGGUGAUGGCUUGGUUUUCCGAGACUUGGUUAUCAAGUACGGUGCAGUUGACCCGCUGUUGGCACUCCUGGAGGUUCCUGAUUUGUCAUCUUUAGCACGUGGUUACUUACGUAAUCUCACCUGGACACUUUCAAAUCUUCGUCCUAACAAGAAUCCUGCACCACCCCCCUUAGAUGCUGUUGAGCAAGUUCUUCCUACUUUAGUUUGUCUCCUGCAUCACGAUGAUCCAGAAGUUUUAGCUGAUACCUGCUGGUCUGUUUCCUACCUUACCGAUGGUCCAAAUGAACAGAUUGAAAUGGUUGUGAAAACCGGGGUUGUACCCCAACUUGUGAAGCUUUUAGGAGCUAUGGAAUUGCCAAUCGUGACUCCCGCGCAAAGAUCCAUAGACAAUAUCGUCACUGGGACAGAUGAACAGACUCAAGUUGUAACAGAUGCAGGAACACUUGCCAUCUUUCCCAGCCUGCAAACAAACUCCAAAACAAAUACUCAGAAGGAAGCUACGUGGACAAUGUCAAACAUCAUGGCUGGCCGCCAGGACCAAAUACAACAAGCUGUACAUCAUAGACUAGUCCCGUUCCUUGUUGGCGUUCUCUCUAAGGCAGACUUUAAGGCACAGAAGGAAGCUGUAUGGGCUGUGACCAACUAUACACGUGGCGGAACAGUUGAGCAGAUCGUAUACCUUGUUCAUUGUGGCGUAAUAGAGCCGUUGAUGAACCUCCUAACUGCGAAAGACACCAAGAUUAUUUUGGUUAUUUCGGACGCCAUUUCAAAUAUCUUUCAGGCUGCUGAGAAACUAGGUGAAACUGAACUUAGUAUAAUGAUUGAAGAAUGUGGAGGUUUGGACAAAAUUGAAGCUCUACAAAACCAUGAAAAUGAGUCUGUGUACAAAGCUUCAUUAAACUUGAUUGAGACGUAUUUCUCUGUGGAGGAAGAGGUAGACCAAAAUGUUGUGCCAGCAACUACCUCUGAAGGGUUUACGUUCCAAGUUCAGGAUGGCACUGCUGGGACCUUCAACUUUUAGACUGUACACCUGAGGCAUUAAGUUGUUUGUUGUGUACUGUGUUUGGUAGAAGUUUGUCUUACUGUUUCUCUACUAAGAACUCUUUUUAUACAUGGUUUGUUAUUGUAGCACUUUUUACAAAGAAACUAUACUUGAACAGUUCUAAACUGUACAUACUGUAUGAAGCUUCUCCUCUCAAUGGGUUUCUUAUUUCUAUGUGUAAUUUCAUAUCUUGCAGUGCCCUGUAAAUAAAGAUUAAA